AUGGCGCCUCCCCUGGACGGCUCAAGCGACUAUCGUCAACUCUUCGUCGACGAUGCAGACUUCUACAACCGCUUCCUCCUUGGCUCUCUCUUGCCUGAUUGCAUGUGGAUCUCACUCCCUCGCUUCUUCCAGACAUGGCUUCGCAACUACAUUGGGGGAGUCCUCGUUUACCUCCUCUCUGGCUUCUUCUGGUGCUUCUACAUCUAUUACUUGAAGCGCAAUGUUUAUGUUCCUACAGAUGCCAUUCCCUCUCGUAAAUCCAUGCUCUUGCAAAUAUCUGUUGCGAUGAAAGCAAUGCCUUGGUACUGUGUGCUUCCUACUAUUUCUGAGUACUUGGCAGAAAUUGGCUGGACAAAGUGUUUUCCAAGAUUAAAUAAUAUCAGCUGGCCUGCCUUCCUUGCAUAUUUAGCCAUUUACCAAAUUUUCGUGGAGUUUGGCAUUUAUUGGGUGCAUAGAGAGUUGCAUGACAUAAAACCGCUUUAUAAGUAUCUCCAUGCUACUCAUCACAUCUACAACAAGCAGAACACUCUUUCCCCAUUUGCUGGUUUGGCUUUUCACCCUCUUGAUGGGAUCCUUCAGGCAUUGCCACAUAGCCUUGCUUUGUUCAUCAUUCCAGUUCAUUUAACUACACACUUAGCGGCUAUAUUCAUUGAGGCCAUUUGGACUGCGAAUAUACAUGACUGCAUUCAUGCCAACUUGUGGCCUGUUAUGGGUGCUGGAUACCACACCAUUCAUCAUACUACGUAUCGUCAUAACUACGGCCAUUUCACCAUUUGGAUGGAUUGGAUGUUUGGAACUCUACGAGACCCCAUGGAUGAUGGAGGUAAGGUGAUGUGAUGAUUUUGACUGUCAUCAAUCGCCUAACUGCUGCAUUAGUCUAUAGUGGGAGAAAUCCUUAGGUAGAUUCAGCUCACAAUAAGUUUGGUACAAAUUAAUCCUGAAUGAACAUAACAAGCAUUUCAAUGUUUUCUAAUGCUUGAAUGUUCACCAAUCAUUUCUUUGGUCUGUCAAUAUUUUUUAGAAUGGGUCGACGUAGAAAUUUCUCCUUCUUAGGUAUUUCUGUUGUAUUCUUGGAAUCUUGUUCUUCUCUUUUGAAGCAUAAGGAUGUUCUUUUUGUUCACUAUAUUUCUGCUUUUUGAAGCAUCCAUUACAGGGUGACCAUAGGGAUUAGAAAGGCAAAAUCAAGUGUGUGUUUGGAUUCACGGUCUCAGAUUUAUUUGAUACUGUGUAAAUGAAUAUCACUGGAGUUUCAUUUUCAGGUUUUCCCUCAGUAUCUGAGGCAACCCC